AUGAUGUGGGCGCUGGUGUGGGGCGCGCUGGUGUGGGGCGCCGCCGCGGGCCUCUCGUGGGCCUGGCCACCCGCGCAGCCCUCUCCGCGCAACCUGAGCGCCUGGGCGGCUUCCGCGCCGCUCUUCCCUCCUCCUCCUCCUCCUCCUCCCCCCGAGGGGAGCCGCGUGGAGCGCCUGGGCCGGGCCUUCAAGCGGCAGGUGAGGCGGCUGCGGGAGGGCAGCGCGAGCCUGGAGCUGGUCUUCCUGGUGGACGAGUCCUCGAGCGUGGGGCAGGCCAACUUCCGCAGCGAGCUGCGCUUCGUCACCAAGCUGCUCUCGGACUUCCCGGUGGUGCCCACCGCCACGCGCGUGGCCAUCGUCACCUUCUCCUCCAAGAACCACGUGCUGCCCCGCGUGGACUACAUCUCCCCCUCGCCCGGCCGGACCCAACCACGACAGCAGCACAAGUGCGCCUUGCUCGGCAGGGAGAUCCCGAGCAUCGGGUACCGAGGGGGCGGCACCUACACCAAGGGCGCCUUCCAUCAGGCCGCGCAAAUACUACUUCAUUCCCGUGCUAAUGCUACCAAAGUCAUAUUUCUUAUUACUGAUGGAUAUUCCAAUGGAGGGGAUCCCAGGCCUGUUGCAGCUUCCUUGCGUGAAUUUGGAGUGGAGAUCUUUACGUUUGGGAUAUGGCAAGGCAACAUCCGAGAGCUGAAUGACAUGGCUUCUCACCCAAAAGAGGAACACUGUUACUUGCUACACAGUUUUGCUGAAUUUGAAGCUUUAGCUCGCAGAGCCCUUCAUGAAGAUCUGCCUUCUGGUAGUUACAUUCAAGAAGAUAUAUCACAUUGCUCUUAUCUUUGUGAUGGAAGUGAAAACUGCUGUGAUAACAUGGCAAGCUGCAAAUGUGGUACCCACACUGGGCAGUUUGAGUGCAUCUGUGAAAAAGGAUACUAUGGCAAAGGUUUACAGCAUGAAUGUUCAGCCUGCCCACCAGGGACCUACAAGCCUGAAGGUUCACCAGGUGGAAUAAGCACCUGCAUUGCUUGUCCUGAUGAGAAUCAUACCUCUCCACCUGGAAGUACUUCUGUUGAGGACUGUAUGUGCAAAGAAGGGUAUCACGCUAAAGGCCAGACUUGUGAAGUGGUCCAUUGCCCUCAGCUACAUCCUCCUGAAAACGGCUAUUUUAUCCAGAAUGUCUGCAACAAUAAUUUCAAUGCUGCCUGUGGAAUCCGAUGUAAAACAGGAUUUGAUCUUGUGGGAAGCAGUAUACGACUUUGCCAGGCAAAUGGCAUAUGGUCUGGUUCAGAAACAACAUGCAGAGUUCGUACAUGUCCAAAACUCUUUGUCCCUCAAAAUGGGUGGAUUAAUUGCUCACGAAGUGAGAUCUCAUAUAAGACUGUGUGCUUUGUGACCUGUAAUGAUGGUUAUGAACUAGAAGGCAAUGCCAAACUCACCUGUCAAAGCAAUGCACAAUGGGAUGGGAAGGAACCAAAGUGUGUAGAACUGAAUUGCCCUGCCUUCCAGAAACCAAAGCAUGUAACUGUUCACCCCCAUCUCUGUGGAUUUGAGCCAUCCAAGUAUGGAACUGUGUGCAGGUUCACUUGUCCCAACGGAUUCCUUUUGUCUGGAAUUAGAGAAGAACUGCGGUGUUUAACCAAUGGGAGAUGGAGUGAAAAUGUGCAGAAGGCUUUCUGUAAAGACAUUGAACCACCAAAUAUUAACUGCCCUGAUGACAUUGAAGCUUCUACACUUGAAUACCAGAACUCUGCAAAUAUUAGUUGGCAGGUUCCGGAAGCAAAUGACAACUCCAGAGAUGAGGUAUCAAUUCAAGUAACUCCAGCUUUUGUGCCACCUUACCUUUUCCCAAUUGGAGAAGUUGACAUCACAUAUACAGCAACGGACGGAUCUGGAAACCAGGCAAGCUGUACUUUCAGUAUCAAAGUUAUUGACACAGAACCUCCAGUGAUUGAUAAAUGUAGAUCACCACCUCCAGUUCAAGUAGCUGAAAAGGAAUGCAAAGUAACUUGGGAUGAGCCACAAUUUUCAGAUAACUCAGGAACUGACUUAGCAAUAACUAAAAGUCACUCACCUGGAGAUACCUUUCCCAAAGGAGAAACAAUUAUUUGGUACACUGCCACUGAUCCAUCGGGAAAUAACAGGACCUGUGAGCUCCAUGUUAUCGUCAGAGGCUCUCCUUGUGAAAUUCCUUUUACCCCAGUGAAUGGGGAUUUCAAAUGCAUAGAAGAUGAGACAGGAGUUAAUUGCACAUUACAUUGCAUGGAUGGAUAUGACCUCACAGCAGGUUCCAGUGAAAACUAUUAUUGUGCCUAUGCAGAUGGUAUAUGGAAUCCACCUUACUCUACUGAGUGGCCUGACUGCUCCUUGAAUCGUUUGGCAAAUCAUGGUUUCAAAUCCUUUGAGAUGCUCUACAAAGCAACACGGUGUGAUGACAAUAACCUUCUUAAAAAUUUUGUGGAUGCUUUCCAGAGUGCUCUUGGUAAAAUGGUCCCAUCAUUUUGCAAUGAUGUUGAUGACAUUGACUGCAGGUUGGAGGAUUCCCCAAAGAAACAUUGCUUAGAGUAUAAUUAUGACUAUGAAAAUGGCUUUGCAAUUGGUCCCGGUGGCUGGGGUGCAGCAAACCGGCUAGAUUAUUCUUAUGAUGAUUUCCUUGAAGCAAUCCCUGAAGAGGAGCAAGCUAAGCCAAUAGCUGGUUCUGUGGAUGUAACACACUCACGGGUCAAAAGGCACAAAAAGAUAAAUAUACCAAUGUCAGACUACAAAAUAAAGCUAGUUUUUAAUAUAACUGCUAGUGUACCUUUGCCUGAUGAACGAAAUGAUACACUGGAAUCAGAGAACCAGCAACGUCUUCUAAAAACACUAGAGACUAUCACAAAAAGGCUGAAAAGGACUCUCAGUAAGGAUCCAAUGUAUUCUUUUCAGUUGUCUUCUGAACUGCUUGUAGCGGACACCAAUUCACUGGAAGCCGAAAAAGCCUUCCUGUUUUGCAGGCCUGGGUCGGUUCUCAGAGGCCGAAUGUGUGUUAACUGCCCCUUGGGUACAUACUACUCCCUGGAACAUCAUGCAUGUGAAAGUUGCUGGAUUGGAUCUUACCAGGAUGAGGAAGGACAGCUAGAGUGUAAGAAUUGCCCAUCUGCUAGUUACACUGAAUAUCUCCAUUCCAGAAGUGUUUCAGAAUGUAAAGCUCAGUGCAAACCUGGAACCUAUUCACCAAAUGGCCUUGAGAUUUGUGAAUCAUGUCCUUUUGGCAAAUAUCAGCCAGCAACUGGAUCGAAGCAAUGCAUUUCUUGCCCAGAAAAUAUGGCAACAGUCAAAAGAGGAGCUGUGGAUGUAUCAGCAUGUGGAGUACCUUGUCCAGCUGGAGAAUUCUCUCGUUCAGGUUUAAUGCCUUGCCACCCUUGCCCCAGGGACUACUAUCAACCAGACCCAGGAAAGUCCUAUUGCCUGUCUUGUCCAUUUUAUGGGACUACCACAGUGAUUGGUGCUAGAUCUAUAACAGACUGCUCAAGUUUUGGCUCUACUUUCUCUGCAGCAGAGGAGAGUGUAGCCCUGCCAGUCGCUCCAGAAAAUAUCAGCAAGGAAUACAAAAUCAGCAGCCAGACAUUCCAUGAAUGUUUCCUUCAACCGUGUCAUAACAGUGGGACUUGCAAACAAGUAGGAAGUGGGUACAUCUGCAUAUGCCCACCUGGAUAUGGAGGCUUAAAAUGUGAAAAGGACAUUGAUGAGUGCAGUUCAUCCCCCUGUCUCAACAAAGGGAUUUGCAAGGAUGGCACUGCAGCAUUCACUUGCCAGUGCCAGCCAGGCUACUCAGGCUUGCUAUGUGAAGAAGAUAUAAAUGAAUGCAGUUCAAAUCCAUGCCUAAAUAAAGCAGUCUGUGUUGAUGAUAUCAAUUCUUACCAGUGUUUGUGUACAGAAGGAUUCAUGGGCACUAAUUGUGAAACACAAAUAAAUGAAUGCCUUUCAAACCCUUGUUUAAACAAAGCUACAUGUGAAGAUCAGAUUGGAAGUUUCCUCUGCAGAUGCCCUUCUGGGUUUACUGGUGUUCUGUGUGAGAAAAACAUUAAUGAAUGUCUGAGCAGACCUUGUAAAAAUGGAGCCACGUGCAAAGAUGGUAUCAAUGGCUACAGAUGUCAUUGUGUCACAGGAUACAGAGGGUCACAGUGUGAAGUGAACAUCAAUGAGUGUGAAUCCAAUCCCUGUAUGAACCAAGCAACCUGUGUGGAUGCCUUGAACUCGUACGUUUGUAAAUGUCCUCCUGGCUUUACAGGCAGCAGGUGUGAAACAGAACAGUCUUCUAGAUUUAAUCUGGAUUUUGAAGUCUCUGGAAUAUAUGGCUAUGUUAUGCUUGACAGCGUCCUCCCUUCAUUAACUGAGAUUACAUGUGCAUUCUGGAUGAAAUCCUCUGACACUACUAAUUAUGGGACUCCAGUUUCUUAUGCUGUGGAAAACGGAAGCGACAAUGCAUUUCUGCUUACAGAUUACAAUGGGUGGGUUCUUUAUGUUAAUGGGAAGGAGAGUAUUACUGAUUGCCCUUCUGUGAAUGAUGGCAAGUGGCAUCAUAUUGCUGUCACUUGGACAAGUCUUGAUGGAGCCUGGAGAGUAUAUAUUGAUGGAAAGAUUUCUGAUGGAGGCAGUGGCUUAUCUGUAGGAUCGGAAAUCCCUGGUGGAGGUGCACUAGUGCUUGGACAAGAGCAAGAUCGAAGAGGAGAAGGAUUCAAUCCAGCAGAGUCUUUUGUUGGUUCAAUUAGCCAACUUAAUAUUUGGGGUUAUGUUCUGUCCCCUGAACAGGUGAAGUUGCUGGCUACUUCAUGCCCAGAGGAACUCCAAAAAGGCAAUGUAUUGGCCUGGCCAGAUUUUCUUCCUGGAGUUGUUGGAAGAGUGAAGAUUGAUUCCAAGAGCAUCUUCUGUGCUGAUUGCCAACCUUUACAAGGCUCCAUACCUCACCUAAGAACUUCAUCAACCGAUCUAAAGCCAGGGUCAAAAAUCACACUUUCUUGUGACCCAGGCUUCCACAUAAUGGGGAAUUCUGUCCUGCACUGUCUAAACCUAGGACAGUGGGCACAACCUCUUCCACGCUGUGAAAGGAUAAGCUGUGGAGUGCCUCCCCCACUAGAAAAUGGGUUUCAUUCUGCUGAGGAUUACUUUGCAGGAAGCACUGUUACCUACCAGUGCAACAGCGGUUAUUAUUUGCUGGGAGAUUCCAAGAUGUUUUGUGCAGACAACGGAAGCUGGAAUGUUAUUUCUCCAUCUUGCCUUGAUGUUGAUGAGUGUGCAGUUGGCUCGGACUGUGACUCACAUGCCUCCUGCCUGAACACAAAUGGUUCCUAUAUAUGUACCUGCAUUCAUCCUUAUAAAGGAGAUGGCAAGAAGUGUACAGAACCAGUAAAAUGCAAACAUCCAGGAGAUCCUGAGCAUGGCCAUUCACAUGGAGCCAGUUCCAGUGUUGGAAGUGAAAUCAGUUUCUCAUGUGACAUGGGCUACCAGCUGAAAGGAGUGACUACAGUUACAUGUUUGGAGUCUGGAGAAUGGAAUCAUUUGAUACCAUACUGUGAAGCUAUUUCCUGUGGAAUCCCAGCUGUUCCUGAAAAUGGUGUGGUCGAUGGCUCAAAUUUUACUUAUGGUAACAAAGUUAUCUAUAGGUGUGAUAAAGGAUACAUUUUGAAGGGAGAAGAAGAAGCAGUGUGUCUUCCAAAUGGCAAAUGGAAUAAUUCCUCUCCAGUUUGUGAAUUAGUAACAUGUCCCCAUCCGGUGAAAAUAAACAAUGGAAAAUAUGUAAUGAGUGACACAACAUACCUUUCAAAUGUAUCAUACACCUGUGACACAGGGUACAGUUUGCAAGGAGCCUCUGUGCUUGUGUGUGAAGAUACAGCUAACUGGAGCAGUUUACCUCCAGAAUGCAAAAUUGUUUCUUGUGAUCUCCCUCCUGUUAUUAAAGAUGCCAUUGUAACUGGGAACAACUUUACCUUUGGAAAUACCAUCACUUAUAUGUGUAAGGAAGGCUAUACAUUAAUUGGUCCAGAGACUGUUGAAUGUCUGGCAAAUGGUCAAUGGGACCUUCAUCACCAGCAGUGUGUGGCUGUUUCAUGCGAUGAACCACCACUGGUGGAACAUGCUUCUCCAGAGAGUGGUCACCGGCUGUUUGGUGAUGAAGCUAUCUACUACUGCUCUGAUGGAUACAGCUUAGCUGGCAAUGCCCAGUUACUUUGUAAUGCCCAAGGGAAGUGGGUUCCCCCUGCCGGCAAAGAUGUUCCUGAGUGUAUAGCUGACUUCUGUGAGAGACCACUCUCUGUAUCAUACAGCAUUUUGGAAUCCUCGAACAAGGCCAAGUUUUCUGCUGGGUCAAUUGUGAGCUUCAAGUGCAUGGAGGGCUUUGUCUUAAACACCUCUGCUAAGAUUGAAUGUGUUCGAGGAGGGCAGUGGAACCCAUCCCCACUGACUAUCCAGUGCAUUCCUGUUCGCUGUGGAGACCCCCCAAGCAUAAAAAAUGGUUAUGCAAUUGGCUCAAAUUAUAGUUUUGGUGCAGUCGUGGCUUACAGCUGCACUAGGGGAUACUAUAUCAAAGGAGAGAAGAAGAGGACAUGUGAAGCAACAGGAACCUGGAGCAGCACAGUACCUACUUGUCAUCCGGUGUCCUGCGGAGAGCCAAUGAAACUUCCAAAUGGAGUUAUUGAGAACAUAACGGGACAUUCCUUUGGAAGUGAAGUGAGAUAUCAGUGCAAUCCAGGUUACCAGCUGAUUGGAAGUCCACUCUUAUUUUGCCAAGCCAACCGUCAAUGGAAUAGUGAAGCACCUCCUUCCUGUGUGCUCCUCACUUGUGGGGAGCCACCUCCUCUCCAGCAUGGAUUCAGAAAGGGAAAAGCUUUUGAGGUGGGAGCUAAGGUCACUUUUGUUUGUGAUGAAGGCUAUGAGCUCAUAGGAGAUGCAUCUUGGGUCUGUCAGAAGACAGGGACAUGGAACAAAAAGCAAAAUCCCAAAUGUGUCCCAACAAAGUGUCCAGAACCACCACUAAUUGAGAAUCAGCUUGUUCUGAAAGAAAUUGCUGAUCAAGUGGGUGUGGUGCAGUUUUCGUGCAAAGAGGGCUUCAUUUUGCAUGGUGCCUCUAUGCUGAAAUGCCUAUCAUCACAACAGUGGAAUGAUUCCUUCCCAUACUGCCAAUUGGUACUGUGCCAUAGACCUCCUUAUAUUCCUUUUGGGGAUUCUGUGGUAUCUACUCUUCAUUUUGGUAGCACAGUGACAUACACCUGCAUGGAUGGGUUUUUGCUGAAAGGGGUUUCCACCAUCAGUUGCCAAGAAGAUGGUACGUGGAGCUUCCCAUUGCCAGAGUGCAUUCCAGUGGAGUGUCCACAACCAGAGGAAAUUCAGAAUGGCAUUGUAGAUGUGCAAGGCCUAACUUACCUCAGCACUGCACUAUAUAACUGUAAACCAGGCUUUGAACUAAUGGGAAACAUGACAGUUCUUUGUGGAGAGGAUGGCCACUGGCUUGGGGGAAAGCCCACUUGCAAACCUAUUGAGUGCUCCAAACCCAAGGAAAUACAGAAUGGUCGAUAUUCAUACACUGACCUGCACUACAGGCAGACAGUUACCUAUUCAUGUGAAAGAGGAUUCCAACUGGAAGGACAAAGUGUUCUGAGGUGCUUGGAAUCAAGGGAAUGGGAUGCCGAAGUUCCUUCUUGCAGACCUAUCACUUGUGAUCCUCCACAGCCUAUUGAGAAUGGCUUUGUGGAAGGAGCAGAUUACAGCUAUGGUGCAAUGGUGAUAUACAGCUGUAUUCCAGGAUUCCAGCUCUCUGGCCUUGCCAUGCAGACCUGUGAGGAAUCAGGGUGGUCUAGUGUUAGUCCAGUUUGCCUUCCAACAGACUGUGGACUUCCGCCACAUAUAGAUUUUGGGGGGUAUAUAACAAUUAGCAAUGAAGAAAAACCUUAUGGUCAGGAAGGAAUAUUGCAAGAGGGAUCCCAUACUGCCAACCCACCUAUUUUCGCUCUAAUACUUGAGAACCAAAAAGACAUGCAAAGUUCUUCAAGGGCCAUUAAUACAUUGCCACUCUCAGGCUAUUUAUAUGGGGCUACAAUAAUGUAUAGUUGCUUUCUGGGCUAUGAACUCUUAGGAAAUUCUGUGCUGUCCUGUCAAGAGGAUGGCAUGUGGAAUGGUAGUGCUCCAGUCUGCAGUUCCAUUGAGUGUGAAUUUCUGUUGCCUCCACAAAAUGGCUUUGUACAUUUUACAGAAAAAACUCUUGGUAGUACAGUGAAAUAUACUUGUAAACCAGGAUACAAGCUAAUUGGCCCAGAAACACGAUUUUGUACAUUUAGUAGGCAAUGGAGUGAUGCAGCACCAAUCUGUGAGAUAAUGUCAUGCACAGUGCCAAGCCAACCCAUGAAUGGCAUUGUAAAAGGGGAGGCUUACACUUAUGGGAGUGUAAUCCAAUAUGAUUGUAAUCCUGGGUUUCAGUUAAAUGGUUCAGGGAAGAGAACAUGCCAGGCUGACCAAAAAUGGGAUGGAAAUGAACCCAUCUGCAUUCCCAUUUCCUGUGGCCAAGCCCCCAAUUUAGAAAAUGGCCAAGUGACUGGAGAAGAAUAUACAUUCCAAAAAUAUGUUGAGUACAGCUGUGGGGAAGGUUUCCUGCUGGAAGGUGACCAAAAGAGAGUCUGCCUUGCAAAUAGAACUUGGAGUGGGAACCCUCCAGUGUGUAGAGCGAUCCAGUGCCCUGUGCCACUGAAACUUCUUCAUGGGGAAAUCGGUGGAUCAGAAUUUGGCUUUGGGAAGAGUAUUGUAUAUCAAUGUGAUGAAGGUUAUGUGAUCCAAGGUGCAUCCUCACUUAUCUGUCAGGCAAAUGGUUUCUGGGAUAAAGAGGCUCCGUUCUGUGAGCCCAUCAACUGUGGGCCUCCUGAGGAUAUUGCUCAUGGUUUCCUGAAUGGUUCAGUUUUCAGUUAUGGGGAAUAUAUAGAGUAUCUCUGCUUUCCUGGUUAUGAAUUACAUGGAAAUCCAGUGAGGCGGUGUAUGUCAAAUGGCUUAUGGAGUGGAAAGCCCUCCUCUUGCCUGCCUUGUGAAUGUCCUGUGCCAACAAUUCAGAAUGGAGUAAUUAAAGGUAACAGUUUUGGCUGUGGCAAGAGAGUUGAGUUUGAGUGUCUAGAAGGUUACAAACUGCUGGGUCCUUCAGAAAUCACCUGUGAAGCUGCAGGCAGAUGGAGUUCUGGCUUCCCAUACUGUGGACUGAUCUCAUGUGGCCCUCCACCAACAAUCCUCAAUGCUUUCAUCAAUGGGAGCGGCUCUGUGGAUCAGAAUGGCAUACUUUAUAAUUGUGAGACUGGCUAUGUGAUGCAAGGGAGCUCAGAACUUACUUGUACAGAAAAUGGAGUCUGGAGUAAGCCGUAUCCAAGCUGUAUUUUACUGACCUGUGGUCCACCUCCUUCUGUGCCUCAUGCAGUUGCUUUGGGAGAUUCACAAGUCUAUGGGAGCAAAGUCCAGUACAGAUGUUUGGAAGGUUAUGUGAUGGAGACAGAAAUGGAUACAUGUACCUGUCAGGAAGAUGGACAUUGGUCUCUUGAUACAAUUUCUUGUUGCCCCCAGAAAUGCCCCCUCCCAAUAAAUAUAAACAAUAUAAUUAUCUCUGGAGCUGAAUUCACUGUGAACAAGAGCAUUACCUUAUCAUGCCCAGAAGGCUUUCUUUUAACUGGGGCAAGAACCUCAACAUGCCAGAGUGAUGGCAACUGGAUGCCGUUGUUUUCAAGUGAUAUCUGUACACCUGUGUUCUGUGGAGAACCUGAAUUUCCAGAAGAUGGGAUUGUAGUUGGCAACAAAUACAAUUACAGAGAUACAGUUAUUUAUAAAUGCAGCUCUGGUUAUGAAUUAGAUGGUGAUGCAGAACGUACCUGUCAAGCAGAUAAACUGUGGAGUGGAGCAACACCAGUGUGCAAAAAAAUAUCAUGUGGGGCCCCUGAGCCCAUCAAUAAUGGAUCUGUUAUUGGCAAAGAUUUCUUCUUUGGAGAUGAAGUUCUUUACAGUUGUGAUCAAGGAUUUGAACUACAGGGGCCAACUCGAAGGAUCUGCCAUGUUAACAAGAAGUGGAGCCCCUCAGCUCCUACGUGUGUGAGCAUAAGAUGCGAAUCACCACCAACCGUAGAAAAUGCCUACUCAGUCUUCAUAGAAAACACAUAUAGAAACAACAUUUCUUUUAUAUGUAAUUUUGGAUAUCAUCUCCUUGGACCUGAAAACAUCACCUGCUUAGCCAACGGAUCCUGGAGCAAGCCCCUUCCAUCCUGUGAAGAAACCAGAUGUGAAGAUCCAGAAUUCAUUGAGAACGGGAAUGCCCUCUAUGAAAACAAUACUGUGGGCAGCAGGGCUGCGUAUUACUGCAACAGAGGUUACACCUUGGAAGGAGAACCUAUUGCAGAAUGCACAGAAGCUGGAACAUGGAGCCAUCCAAUACCUCUAUGCAAACCAAAUCCAUGCCCUGUGCCUUUUAUAAUCCCAGAAAAUGCUCUUCUGUCAGAAACAACUUUUUAUGUCGGGCAGAAAGUAUUUAUCAGGUGCAGAGAAGGAUAUCAGCUUCGGGGACCAUCUGUCAUUACCUGUAAUCCUGAUGAGGCUUGGACUCCAACUAGAGCUAAAUGUGAAAAGAUAUCUUGCGGGCCACCUGCUCAUGUAGAAAAUGCAUUGAUCCGUGGAACGUUUUUUCAAUAUGGAGAUAUGGUAACAUUCUCAUGCUACAGUGGGUAUAUGCUGGAGGGCUCCCUAAGAAGUGUUUGUUUAGAAAACGGAACUUGGAGUUUACCACCAGCUUGCAAAGCUAUUUGUCGGUUCCCGUGUCAAAAUGGUGGUGUAUGUGAACGACCAAAUGUGUGUUCCUGCCCUGAGGGAUGGAUGGGACGUCUCUGUGAAGAGCCAAUCUGCAUUCUACAUUGCCUUAAUGGAGGUCGCUGUGUGGCUCCUUAUCAGUGUGAUUGCCCAGUUGGGUGGACUGGAUCACGCUGCCACCAAGCUGUCUGUCAGUCGCCAUGCUUGAAUGGUGGGAAAUGUGUUCGACCCAAUCGGUGCCAUUGCACUUCACCAUGGACUGGGCACGACUGUUCGAGGAAAAGGAAAACUGGAUUCCACCACUUUUAACUUCAGAGCAACUACUAUGAACAUUCUUAUUCUGAUCCAGCAGGCCUUGGUACUUCAGGCCCUGUAAGGUCAAAUCGGGGGAGGGUUUGUUAAACUAUCUGAGGUUUUUAAAAUGUUUUUAAUUAUUUUGUAUGAUAUUUUCUUAUAUUUUUAUUUUGAGAGGAGCCACUUUUUCACAUGUAGAAUUAUAGCAUUUAUGCUGCUGUCAAUACACAAAGGUACAACUAAGGCCCACAGAAAGAAUUUGCAGUCUUCUGUUGCUAUUGUUGCAAAUCCCUGAUCAUUUGUUGGCUUUAUCGCCAUACAGAUAAGAAAUUUUAGGACCAAACUUGACUUGAGGGUAGCAAAUGUGUAUUUCUUUUAUUGUUAUUUUCAUCCGCAUUCAUAUUGCAAGUAUGUAAAAAGAGAAUGAGGUGUUAUCCAGGCAUUAUCUUUUUACAGUCAAUGACUUGAGCCUCUUUUCCCAGUUCUCUUUGAAUUUGAGUGAAUCAGUGGAGAGAUGAAAAGCUCCCACCCAGAUUUUAUAUGUAAAUAGACACAUAAGUGAUGACCCUGUUAAAUUUGGUUUUGUUCUUAUCACCUUUUGCAAAUUUAUCAUGAGUUGUAGAGGAUGAAAUAUUUAGUUAUAGGAGUCUGAUGGAAAAUUUAAAUAAAUUGGUCUGGAAAUCUGUUUUAGGUAUGGUGAAAGGUUUGCAGACACUUCGUGACAUUUAUGGUUUCUUGAAAAACCAACAACAGGUCCACAAACACCCAUGUCAUUACAAACCACCUCCAGCUCACCUCAAUUUUCAUGGUUUUUCACAUAGCUUGAAAGGUCAGUGUUUGAAAGAUGAAGUCCAGAGUCCCAUUGAAUUAUUUCAGAACUUGGACUAAUUGCAAUCAGUAGUGGGCCUAUAGCCUUUUCUUUAAGUAUGCCGUAGGAUGCACAUAUGCAUGGGAUAUAAUGAUUUGACAACCUGGGACCCUCAUAUACAGAGCAGCUCACUUUGAAUAAUACAAAUGUGGGGUCUAAGGGGUCUCCCAAGUACCCUUCAUGUUCUGUUUUGUUUUAAUUCUGAUCUUUUUUUUUUAUGGGGCUGACAUACAUUGAAUUCCUUUUUUUUUUUACUAUAGAUCUAUUGGUCACAUAUUUAACACACACGUGUUCAUUUGGUGUUUGGCUGUUAUUUACAAGUAGUUCAAGAUGAAAUAAGUUAAUCAAGUGGAAAUUGGGAGCUUUGUUUAACUAUUAUUGAUACUUUAUUUAUACAGUACAUUUCUUACCCAUGAUCCUAGUAAAAGAGACAUGAUCAUAUUUCUGUUCAAAGCUGGUCACUAAUAGUCAGUUGUCUUAGAUUUUAAAAAGUUACAAUUCUCUUAAGUGCCACAGCAUAUUUAUUUCUGAAAAAAAGUUACAUCAUUAUGUCCCAUUUCCGAUUAAGUGAUCCCGAAUAAGACAACUGAGUUAUGAUUAAAUGUCAUAACAGACAUUAUCAGAAAGCAUAACUAGGAUUAUUUAGCCAUUGCAAAUUUACCAGGACCAAACAAAAUGGAAAAAAUGCUGUUUGGUACUUGUAGCCAGAAAAAAAAAGGUUCCUGGGGAACAUACUUUAUGUUUCAACAUUUUAUUUGUUACAAUUAUGUUUCCACACCAGAUAUUUUCUCUGUAACUGAGACCCUUUCCUUCCUGAAUUAUGUUAAAGAAGCUAGACCACCCCAGUGUUUUUUUACCCUCCCUGAUUGUUUUAUUUUGUGGUUCAGACAGGAUUGUGGGUUACUCCAUGAAUGCGUAGGUAGACACAACAUGACUUUCUAGGUUUCUACUGUGACCCAUAUGAUGAUGCAACUGAGAAAGUGUAUUCCUGCACACUUCCUAGUUUCAGGUUACAUUUUCUGCAACAUUAGCUUUUAUACAGCAAACUUCCUCCCAUCAUUAGCAUUUGCUAUUAAGACUCAUAGCAACAUAAUAACACAAUGUAAAUAGAGAUACACAAACAUAAAUAUCUUUGCCCCUGGGUAGCAGGCUUUUGCAACUACACCUGUUUUUUCUUAGUUUUGGCAAUACUGGAUGGAAAUCGUGGCUUCAUACAUUAUGAGUUUAUGGGCAGUUUGUAGAAGCUGUAGUGCAAUUGUGUAGGUUACAUAUUUAAAAAUUUCAGAUCAUGAAUCUGCCUGUACAUUUCUCUCUUUUUUUUUAAUUGUGCAGAGUUACAUAGUGUCCCAUUUUCAAAUCUCUACAUGCUCUGAGAAAUAGUAAGAAUAAUAUAAAGUUUGAGCAUUCCUUAUCUGGAAUUCCAAAAUCCAGAUUUGCCGACAUGGGUAUCUAAGAUAAUGGCAUAUUUGUUUUCUGGUUAAUCAGUGUGCCCAAUGUGCACAAAAUUAUCAAAAUAUUGCAGAUACCGGGGGCUGCUAUUUUUUAAAAUUAAAAUGAGAGGACAUAGUUGUCAUUCACCAAAACAAAAUUAAUAAAUUGUCCCAUUACUUUUACAAUAUUUAGUAAAUAAUCCACGUUAUACUCUCACACAAGCUUGCAUCAAAAUUUCUUUCAGAUUUGUUUUUCCUGUUGCUUAGAGCAGUAAGAAAUAGUUCCAUAACAUAAUGCACUGCUGUGUGCCACCUAAUUCACAUUGAGCUAGAAGAUCGAUCAAUAAAAAACAUUGCCAAGUGUUAAUUUUCUAAAUGAUCACAAAUAUGUUUCUCAUAAUAGUUUCUCAAAUUCCCAUAUUUCCACUGUGAUCAAGCAUCCAAGGGGAUUUUUUUAAAACCUGCUAUACUAAAAGUUUAAACAUGUUCCAAUUUACAUGGUGUACAGUCAGGGUUCAAAAGCUGCCUCAGAAAAAACCUUCAAGAGAGAUCACUGCUGGCACAGUGUUGGAUACCCAGUGGUAAAAGGCUGGGUGGUAAAAUUAGAUGGCUGUUUGUAGUAUUAAAAUCCUCAAAGGAAGAAAAAUAACUUCUUUUAAAAUCAACUUUUACAUUCAAUUAAUGUAUUGUCAUUUUUGUCACUGCUUGCCAUGUGUUUCAACAACUUUUGUGUGAUGCACUUUACAUUGUAAAUAAAGUUGCACCCCAUUUAGUACCCAUAA